AUGCCAUUAGUCCGCAGAAAGCAGGUUGCGAUGCACUCAUUGCCACCCGAGCUCAUCGACAACCCCAACGACACCCGUGAUGUCUUUUACCUCGAGGAAACUGGCGAGAUAUUCCUCGACUAUGAAUCGUAUGCAUCCCGCAUGUCAUUCUACAAAAUGAAAGUCUUCCAAUGCGAAACGACCGGAAAAGGCGGACUUGACUAUUUCCAGGCUUUGCAUUCCGAGCAAACUGAAUCGAGCAAUCUCCUUGCGCGCUUCCCCGAACCACUCAAAGUUGCAGUAUUGCGGUCGGUUCAAUGGCGUAUCGUGGGAAGGCUAGACAGUCUCGUAGACCAAGUCUACGACCGCUAUGUAGAUCGAUACCACGCUGGAGAGAAGAUAUUCGUAGAUAUUCAAGGCGAAAAGUACUGGGCUCGUAUACUCAAGGUUUUCCCGCCAAAGGCACUUGUAGCUACCUGGUCCGCCCACAACGGGAACAACGUUUCUUCCUCUACCAAUCCCAACAUGCUCACUCCCAGCCGAGCGCCACCCAACGGCCUAUCACCUCUCAAUCCGAAUUACACCAACCCCAACUCGCCAUCUGGUGGAGAUUUAUCCCUUCCUCCCCAAGAAGCUUUGGCCAAAGACGACCCCGCCGCGUACUUUUAUCAAGUACAGUUGAUUGAGGAGGGCGAUGAGGAUGACCUCCCUGAGGCCAACGGUGCAGGUGCAAGUAGUAGUGGCGGAACUAAAUGGGCUGGAAGCACAAUGGAGGUCCAAAUGGGCGUCAUGAGUCGGACCGGUUGGCGUUUACCUGCGCUGGCAACAAAAUAUGGUCUCGAGACGGAGAUGCCAUCCGCGAUGCGAAAGAGUAUGGAGCGUGCAAAAGCCGGAGAACUAGAAAAGCGCAAAAAGGUUUGGGAAGACAAAGAGGAUAGACCGUCAAAAAAGGUCAAGAAGCAAGGUGAUACAGGCGAUGAUAGUGGGCGUGCUACGCCUGUUGGUAAAGUCAAAGAAACCCCAACGCCCGCUCCAGUGCGACGAUACCCGAUUGAAGACCUCGACGUGGCGGGCCGGUUAAUAAUUCGACCACCUUUCAGUCGAGAGGUACCGUUCGGAGAAUGGGGCCCUGGUGCAUGCGAAAAGUUCCUGAUGGUUUGGUCGAUAUUGACCACAUUUGGGAAACCUCUACGAUUGAGCUUUUUCACUAUGGACGAGUUUGAACAGGCAUUAAACCAUGUGUAUACGCCUCCAAACGAACACAAAUUCCCGCGCGUCGUCCCGCUUAUGGCCGAGAUUCAUGGCACUUUAUUGCUGCACAUUGCCGAACGGGCCGAUAAGCUGGUCACUCCUGUUUGGGUCGGCGACUACGGCCCCCUGUACGACUUGUUUAACGAUCAAGCAAUAAUUUUCCGGAGUGAAUACCAUAAGUUGAAGGCUGUAAUGCCUCGAGAGGAGGCGUAUGCCCAAGCUGACGCCACGAACAAAAAGCAAUUUGCCAAGUUCAGUGGGCCAGAGGAAGAUGUACAAGCUCAUGUCUGGAGGACAAAGCUCGGUCAGGUUAAACCUACCGAACUGAGCAUCGAGGAAUUGGUGGAAUUAGUCCGGCUCAAUUCUUUCAUGUAUCCCGAGUGGCGAGAGGGAGUUAUCGGUGGGCCGGAUGAGAUAGCGGCAUGGGAGAUAGUUCUGAUUGGGUGUUUGGCCGAGUACGCGACACCAGAAACCUUCCCUCGAGUACGCUCGGUCGUUGGCCAAAUCCUCAAACCCCCGCCCAUCGCUAAACCUGCUGAACAAUCUGACGCACCAAAAAUCGCUACCCUCGACGACCCCGAUUCUGAUUCGGAGGUUGGCUCUAAUGGUGGUGGCGGUGAAGAUGAACUCAAUUACAGGUGGGGAUGGAUGGCGUUGACACCCCGGGACAAACUUGAGUUGCUGGCCUUUUUGGCUGAUUUGGCCAUGACGAGUCGAGGAAUACGUUCCUUUAUGGACGAAUGUGACGCAAGGCUGACUACUUUGCGCAAGGAGAAGAUUGAGGUCAACAGGGAGAGAAAAAGAGUUGCCGAAUUGUUGGAAGAGGCAGGCGUGUCGGUCACCAAGAUGGAAGAAAAGAUGAAUAGCACUGCGAACCAGAAUGGCGAUGCUGAGGAAACGGGCGAUGCUGCAUCCGAGACUGGAUCCGCAUCCACCACCCCCUUGCCUGAAUCGGGCACUACUACGCGACGGAAAUCACGUACUGCCCCUAGCUCGACAGCACCCAACUCCCAUUCUGGAACUCCAGAAUCAACCCACCCUGUUAACCAACGCGCAGCAGCGCGCGCACAGGCAGCCGAACACAAGGGUCUUGUCAAACAACGCCAGGCCCAUAUCGACGAGGCCGCCAAGCUCGAAAAGCAGCUCGCCGAGAUUGAGCGCGAGUUUAGGCAGUUGUUGGGCGCGACUCGUAUGAAGCCAUUGGGAAAGGAUCGAUUCCACAAUCGUUUAUGGUGGUUCGAUGGGAUUGCUGGAGUCGGGGCAACAGGGAAAGUUUCUGAAGGGAAGGGGAACAAGGGGAAAGGUCGAACAGUCGAAAAGGAGAGGGAGCGAGAAGCACAGGGCGUUGGAAGAAUCUUCUUGCAAGGCCCCGAAAAGGGAGAAUGGGAGUUUGUCAUGAACGGGCGUGACGAACGAGCUGUGCAGGCGCGAAGAAUUGCCGAGGAGGGAGAGGAGUUUAUGCUCGAGCCCGGCGAGUGGGCCAUGUAUGCGGAACCCGAGCAGAUUGAAGAAUUUAUUGCGUGGUUGAACCCCAAGGGAACGCGAGAGCUUCAUCUGAAAAACUCCAUGGCCAAAUGGGGAGAACCAUUGAUGGCUGCUGUCGGGAAGCGUAGUUUGGAGCUAUCUGGCGGCAAUCGCGGACAAGCAAACGAGACGAGACGUAGUAGUCGUGUGAAAGCUGGCGCUGGAGACAGUCGCGAGUCCUAUCUUACUUGGACAAAUAAACGUGUUAGAUAA